AUGGAUUCUUUUUCGUACGACUUUUGUUUACUCUUGCAUCCUCAAAAUGACAACCAUACCGAUGAUGAAUAUGGACAAUGCAACGAACAAAAAACUGUAAUCAAUUCAUGUAAAGAGACUGAAUCAAAGGUUUUGCCAAAUUUGAAUGUUGAAGAAAAUAAUGACCCCCACCUACACAAUGCCUCAUUGGGAAUGAAACAUUUCAUUGCUACCAAUCUUGAUCAUCAUAACCGCGGAAGGGAACAAUGCAACAAUGAUGCGCAGAAAACCAUACAUGACCCGGUCAUUCAACUUGAUUUCUCGAACUUGCCAAAUGAUAAAUUUAUCACGAUAAAGAAAUCGAAACCAAUUCGUAACGUUGCUUUGUUCAUUUCAUUCAAUUAUGACCUAACCAAUCAUAUUUCAAAUGAGGAGUGUAACGCGCACGGGUUUCAAGCUUUAUUUCAUGACUUUCAAGAUCACACAAAUAUAACACCAAUCGUUAGGCUUGUUAAUGAUGUCGCCGUCAAUUGCUGGGCAUACGAUUAUAAUGUCAACGUGUUUCUCGCUUCGGAGCCCAUCUUUCCAAUAUGCAUCGUUACCGCUUUGUUAAAACGUCUUCGAACACUCUUUGAUCAAAAAACCUUGGAUAUCAUUAUCAUUUGGCUUAACGUAUAUGAAAGGUCACGUUCAUGGAUCGAUGAUGAAUGUAAAGCUGCUAAGGCUACGGCAUGCAUUCAAGGAGUUGAAAUUUCUGACGUCAUCCCACAAAUUAUGUCCUACUUUAACAAGAGUAAUGAUAACGGGGAGAUUCAUGAGAAGCCACCCAUAUGUUACCAUGAAUUCAAUCUUUCUUAUUCAGCAGCAAUGAAAAUUGAUGAUAAAAUUUGGCUUAACGCAAAACAGUACUACAAGGUUGCGAAAAGUCAAAUGGAAUUAGGUGAUUUGAAUCCUGAUAAUGAGAUUGUUUUGAAAUCAAUCACGAAACAUGAUAACUCGGAAAUCUCCCCUAUUUACUUUACGCAAGAAAAAUGUCGUUGCAAUUCAAAUGGCGGUGAAUAUUCAAGCUCCAAAAGUAUCGUGAACGAAGACGACGAUCAGGAGAUCUUAAAAAAAUCAUUUAUCGAUAUCUUGGAAGAGUAUCAAAUAAUAAAAAGAAAUAUUGAGAUUGACUCGUUAAUCAGAAAUAAUCGUUUUAAUAGAAAAUUUCACGUUUCAUCUCGCAUAAUGUCUGAAGAACGACGAUUGAAGCAAAUUAAAUCAGAAAGAGAAAACGCUUUCAUCCUACCUACGACACCCGUUACGGAAACACGAUUCAAACCUUUUCCUAAAACCUCCGCUUGUCUUAUUAUUGGUGACGAAAUUCUUAACGGGAAAACGGUCGAUACAAAUUCCGCUUCUUUUGCGAAAUUUUGUUAUGAACAUGGAAUUGAUUUAAAGAGAAUUGAAGUCAUACCGGAUGAGGAAGAUACGAUUAUUGAAGCUGUGAGACGACUUAGUAACGAUUUUGAUUUUGUUGUUACUAGUGGAGGAAUAGGGCCAACGCAUGAUGAUAUAACGUACCCUUCGAUCGCUAAAGCAUUUAAUCUUUCUUUAACCCUUCAUCAACAAACGCUCGAUCGUAUGAAAGACUUCACAAACAACACACCUUCGAUAAAGGUCAUGAUGUCGGAACAAAGUCAGGAGGUGGCUAAUGCAAGUCAACGAAUGGCAUUAUUUCCUGAUCCAUCCGCCAUUAUAUACCCAAACAAAAAACUUUGGGUCCCGAUAGUGAUAGUUAAUGACAAUAUUCAUAUAUUACCCGGUAUUCCUCAACUAUUCAAUGGGUUAUUAUUCGCGUUUAGUAAUUACUUAAAAGCGAGGCAAACCGAUAAAGAUGGUGAAAGAUUUUACAGAAAAUUUAUUAAAACCUAUCGUCCUGAAAGUUUUAUCGCCCCCGUAUUAACUGAAACGCACGAAAAAGUUAAGGAUUUGGGAAUUAAAAUUGGUAGUUACCCUAAAUGGUCUGAUGAUAAAAGAUGGGUAGUGGUUAGUCUCCUCGCUAGAGAAAAUAUUAAAGAUAAAUUAGAAGACUUGUGCAUAGAAAUUGCUAAAAGAAUUGAUGGAUUUAUGAUUGAUGAUCCUGAGGAUGCAACAGUUAGAAAAAUUGGUGCACAAGUUAAAGAUAAUAAGCUUUAA